AUGGAGUCCACCGCCGUCAGCGGAAUGAGCGUAUUGGAAUCCACCCCAGCUGAAGGGGACAACACCGCCGAUGAAUCGGCCGAGGUUGGUAGUGGCAGCGGCGGCAGUGGCGGUGAUCCUCCGCCCGCUGCUUAUUCGUCGAACCCACCCUCGCGACCAAAGGAGACUACAAAGGCGACUACUAAGGCCACCACUAAGCCGACAACGACGCCCAACCAAACCACCGCUCCCAAGCCUAAAACGGCCCCCGGGUCCACGAUGAAAACCGGGACUACGAAGACGACCAGGACAACGAAGACGACUAAGACUACGAAGACGACUAAGACUACGAAGACGACUAAGACUACGAAGACGACCAGGACUACGACAACCACGACAACCACGACAACCACGACAACGACGACUACCACGACAACGACUACUACUACGACUACGACGACCACGCUGGAGCCGGAAGUGAAGCUAAUUCUUUGCACCGUGGGUAGCGGCGCCGUCGUGCCGAACAUGUACCCGGGCGAGGCGCCCUGUGACUACUUGUUCUACAGUGACGUGAUCAUCGUCAAACAAAAAAUACGCGCCUCUCAAGUACAGACCAGCUGGACUACCUUCCAAAUGAUGGCCAAGAAGUAUAGACGGGUUCGGCCCGGCAUCGCCUUUGACUACCGGUAUCUGACGGAUUCGAACUUGCAGCAAGCCGCUACUGAACUCGAUGACCUACAGAGGACCGGGAACAUUAAGAGCUACGGCAUUCUGAACUUCGUGACGAGACCGAGUGAUUUGACGAGCGCUGUGGGCUCCAAAAGAUCUGUUUUGGAGAAGCUCUCCAAGAGGACCGAGAAUGACCCAGACAGAAUUACUGUCCUCGCAGUAGGAUUCGCCUACUACAGAGGCAGCUACAUGGACGACUUCAAGGCAGCUUUCAAGAGGGUUGCCUCGUAA